AUGUUCAAAGCUUUGGUUGUGUUGGGUCUUCUUCUCGCCGUGGUCCUCGGCGAUUAUUGUAAGUUUAAGUAUGAAGGUGUAAAGUAGCCAUUAAGUGACGGACCUGAGCCAGUGGCAAAAAAUGUAAUAUUUUACGUCCGGGAAGUAUCAAAAAUGUAGCAAAAUGCCUCCCUCUCCAACUAAAAAAAAACUCUGCUUUGAAAAGCGCGCCCUUUCUCUCACAAAAAGAGAGGGCGCAAUCUUAAAACCGGAGAUUUUUCACUUGGAGAGGGAGGUAUUUUGCUACGUUUUUUAUGCUUCCUGAAUGCAAAAUGGUACGUUUUUUGCUGAAGCAGGUCCGUCACUGUAUACAGAGACAUUUGACGUACUGUAUUCUCUAUUGCGUCACUUGUGGAUAUAGCCAUGUAAAAUUUUUUUGUAUCCGGAAAGUAUCAAAAAAUGUGGCAAAUACAAAUAAAUAUAUCAGUUAUAUACAAUGGGGGACCUGAUCCAGUGGCAAAAAAAGUAUCAUUUUGCAUCCGGGAAUUAUCAAAAAAUGUGUCAAAAUACCUCCCUCUCCAACAAAAAAACUCCGAUUUCAAAAGCAAGCUGGCUCUUUUUGUGAGGGAAAGCCUUCAAAACGGAGUUUUUCGGAUAAUUGUUAAGCUGUCCCCAAAUUUAUACCAUUCUGUCCCCAAAUUUCCCCAUUCUGUCCCCAACGACCUGUCCCCAAAUAGGAGUUCGGAAUCUGUCCCCAAAAUAUUCCGAAUAUGUCCCCAGACACAAAAAUUAGUGUAGGGUCCAUGUUUCGGGGUAGUAAUAACACUUCGGGCUAAAAAAUUUGAAAAUUCAAAUUGGUGAUUACGUAAUAAGCAAAAGUUCAAAACUUUUGGGUAAAAAUCGGAUAUAGGGGUAAUCGAGGAUGCUGAUUUUGAAAAUGAUAUUCAUUUUACAUGAUUUUAACUUUUUUCUUAAGUAGUAGUGUAAAGUAGUAACUUUUGAAAAUUUUAGACGAGAUGUCGAUUUAUAGGUAAUCGACACCGCGGAUUUCGAAAACAAUACCAGUUUUUUAUGAUUGUAACUUUUUUCUUAAGUAGUAGUGUAAAGUAGUCACUUUUGAAAAUUUUAGACGAGAUGUCGAUUUAUAGGUAAUCGACACCGCGGAUUUCAAAAACAGUACCAGUUUUUUUAUGAUUGUAUCUUUUUCCUUAAAUAGUACUGUAAAGUAUUAAUUUUUGAGAUUUUUUGAAUUGGUAGGGUUUAUGGGUGCUGAUUCCAGAAUAAGAUUCCUGAUGAGUUGUGCAUUAAAGUUGUGAUUUCUUUGUUUUUAUUUUAUUUUUUUGAUGAAUCGUUAGCUAAGUACAAGGUUUGUGUUAUUGUUGAUUCAAAAACUGUGUUCAUCUUCUGUAGUUUUUAUUCACUUCCAAUCUGUUGGCAGAAGAAUUUUUGCUCAGAAUUUUCUGUCAAACCUGGCAUAGCGGCAGGCUAUCCCAAGCCAAACAAUUUUAUAGCAGAAAAAUUUCUGUCAAACCCCGCCCAUUUUGGCGCGCUCGAUGAAGAGCAGAAGCAAUACCGUUGAUGACUCGAAGUAAUAAUCGCAUGAAAAACAAUCCUUUUGGAUAAUGAUAAUAGUUUAGCAUUAAAAAAAAAAAAAAAAAAAAACACAAUAAAAAUUUAAAAUAUUUUACAAAUAUUUUCAACUCCUUCAGGUCCGUGUGAUAUCACCUAAAACAAUAUCUGCCUAAUUGCAAUAAAUCGGUAGAGAAAACGUUGAAACAGCAAAUAACUUGUGUAAAUUUAACCUAUUCUUGUACGGACAACGUCACAAAAUAGUACGGUUGUUUUUUUUUCUUUUUAUGACAAAAAAUUUUUAAAAUAUAACUAUGUUGUCUAAAGAGAAGUAUUUUUAAAUUUCAAAAAGUUUUUUUGCUAAUUUAAGUUCUUUGAGCAACAUCGUGUUAUUAUCCAACAGGAUUGUUUUUCAUGCGAUUAUUACUUCGAGUCAUCAACGGUAUUGCUUCUGCUCUUCAUCGAGCGCGCCAAAAUGGGCGGGGUUUGACAGAAAUUUUUCUGCUAUAAAAUUGUUUGGCUUGGGAUAGCCUGCCGCUAUGCCAGGUUUGACAGAAAAUUCUGAGCAAAAAUUCUUCUGCCAACAGAUUGGAAGUGAAUAAAAACUACAGAAGAUGAACACAGUUUUUGAAUCAACAAUAACACAUACCUUGUACUUAGCUAACGAUUCAUCAAAAAAAUAAAAUAAAAACAAAGAAAUCACAACUUUAAUGCACAACUCAUCAGGAAUCUUAUUCUGGAAUCAGCACCCAUAAACCCUACCAAUUCAAAAAAUCUCAAAAAUUAAUACUUUACAGUACUAUUUAAGGAAAAAGUUACAAUCAUAAAAAAACUGGUACUGUUUUUGAAAUCCGCGGUGUCGAUUACCUAUAAAUCGACAUCUCGUCUAAAAUUUUCAAAAGUGACUACUUUACACUACUACUUAAGAAAAAAGUCAAAAUCAUGAAGAAUGAAUAUCAUUUUCAAAAUCAGCAUCCUCGAUUACCUAUAACUCGACAUCUCAUCUAAAAUUUUCAAAAAUUACUACUUUACACUACUACUUAAGAAAAAAGUUACAAUCAUAAAAAACUGGUAUUGUUUUCGAAAUCCGCGGUGUCGAUUACCUAUAAAUCGACAUCUCGUCUAAAAUUUUCAAAAGUUACUACUUUACACUACUACUUAAGAAAAAAGUUAAAAUCAUGUAAAAUGAAUAUCAUUUUCAAAAUCAGCAUCCUCGAUUACCCCUAUAUCCGAUUUUUACCCAAAAGUUUUGAACUUUUGCUUAUUACGUAAUCACCAAUUUGAAUUUUCAAAUUUUUUAGCCCGAAGUGUUAUUACUACCCCGAAACAUGGACCCUACACUAAUUUUUGUGUUUGGGGACAUAUUCGGAAUAUUUUGGGGACAGAUUCCGAACUCCUAUUUGGGGACAGGUCGUUGGGGACAGAAUGGGGAAAUUUGGGGACAGAAUGGUAUAAAUUUGGGGACAGCCAUUGCGUUGUCCGAGUUUUUCACUUGGAGAAGGAGGCAUUUGCUUCAUUUUUUGAUACCUCCCGGAUGAAAAAUGGUACCUUCUUUGCCACUAGAUCCAUCACUGUACGUAGCGAAAACAAUACAAUAUACCAACUUUCAGUAUACGACGAUCGUGAUGGCCGUCCAUUGAGAGCCCGCAAAGUUGGCUACGCCAAAGUUUACCGCGAUAGAGACGAUAGAGGUGACUACCGGGGGCCUCGUCUGCGACAAGUGGGAGUCGCCCGGGUUCACCAUCAUCACCGUCAUAGCAGCGAGGAGGAGGACGACAAAGGCAGAGGAAGAGGAAGAGGAAGACUUGUCUUGGGAUGA